AUCCCCACUCUUAUCACUGUCAGGGAAUAUAUCAUGACUGCUGAAGGGAAGUAUAAAUCUGUUUAAGACUUUCUGAAUUUGGAGAAAUGUUCACUUUUCGUUAUAUUGGGUGUGCCCUAUGGGGAGCAGGGGGGGGGGUCACUGCUCAUCGCUAUGAGGAAGUAACUCUGAUUUUUGGCCUGGAUGAAGCCCUAGGGUCUAAUUGCAAACAUGUUUGUCAAAAAGAAGAAGCGCGUUGAGAUUUCUGCACCGUCGAAUUUCGAGCACCGGGUGCACACAGGCUUUGAUGAGCAUGAACAGAAAUUCACUGGACUCCCCCGACAAUGGCAGAGUCUAAUCGAGGAAUCCGCAAAGAGACCCAAACCGCUGGUGGACCCAGCAUGCAUCACAACCAUCCGCCAUGGCCCCCAGAAGACUAUUGUUCGUGGGAACAAGCUGGCACGGGAUGGCUCUUUGGCUUGGCUCCUGGAUGAGUUUGAGACCAUGUCUGUUUGCCGCUCUAACUCCCUGCGAAGAGAGAGUCCCCCAUGCUACCCGCGGGAGGAGCGUCUCCAGUUUGAAAAUGGGAUGAGCGAGAGACGUGCCCGACAGCCACGUGACAGCGAUGGUAGGGGGUCUGAGCGGAGCCGGCUCGAGCACCAGGGAAGGGACCGACCUAGAGAAGAGCAGAAAGAAGCCCCCCAACAGCCAAGGGGUCAGGAACCCACCCAUAAACAUCGUCCUCCGCCUCCAGAUUAUCCUAAACCCACUGAACACAGAGCAAAUCGCUCUCACCAUCGAGCAGAUGAGAAAAGAGAACCUCCAGGAGUGGAGAUGGAUUACAGUGAACCUGCAGAUCGGGUGGUGAGAAGGGAUAAGGAUGAGCGGAGACCCAAGUCUGCCUAUGCAGGAGGAGAGGGUAGUCCACAGUCACCGAGAGACAAAAGACCACUCUCUGGGCCCAAUAUACACACGUCAAGUACCUCUGCUAGUGAAGGAGCGAUAAAGCCAGCACAGCAAGCCGGACGGCCAUUUAACACCUACCCCAGGGCAGACACUGAUCCCAGCAGAGGAGCUGCUCACCAGGUGCCAGACUCUCGUUCCGCUGCACCUCUUGAUCCAAAAAGCCCUGGGAACAAAGGAUCUUCUCGGCCACAGCAAGGUCAAGUUAAACCCAAGCCUCCUGAGAAGCCCUCGUCUGCUGCUCUUGCCCAGCACAGCUCUGAUCCCCAACUCUCUCGCCCCCAAAACCAGAACCCAGCCCAACCUCGCUCCCCUCAGAGGGAGCCACAGCGGGUGUCCCAUGAGCAGUUCCGAGCCGCUCUGCAGAUGGUUGUGGACCCAGGUGACCCCAGGACCUACCUUGAGAAUUUUAUAAAAAUCGGGGAGGGCUCAACUGGCAUUGUAUGUAUAGCCACAAUUCGGAGCUCUGGCAAGCUGGUUGCUGUUAAAAAGAUGGACCUCCGCAAGCAACAAAGACGAGAACUUCUGUUCAAUGAGGUGGUAAUAAUGAGAGAUUACCAGCACGAGAACGUAGUACAGAUGUACAACAGUUACUUAGUUGGAGAUGAGCUGUGGGUCGUUAUGGAGUUUCUAGAAGGAGGAGCACUUACUGACAUAGUCACACAUACCAGAAUGGACGAGGAGCAAAUCGCUGCAGUCUGUGUGUCUGUCCUGAAGGCUCUAUCAGUUCUUCACUCACAGGGGGUGAUCCACCGUGACAUCAAAAGUGACUCCAUACUACUCACUCAUGAUGGCCGGGUGAAGCUCUCAGACUUUGGGUUCUGUGCUCAGGUCAAUAAGGAGGUCCCUCGCCGGAAGUCCUUGGUUGGGACUCCUUACUGGAUGGCUCCAGAGCUGAUCUCGAGGUUACCCUACGGGCCUGAGGUUGAUAUCUGGUCUCUGGGUAUUAUGGUGAUUGAGAUGGUGGACGGAGAGCCUCCCUAUUUCAACGAACCUCCCCUCAAGGCUAUGAAGAUGAUAAGGGACAAUUUACCUCCUAAGCUGAAAAAUGUGCAGAAGGUGUCUCCAUUGCUAAAGGGUUUCCUGGACAGACUUCUAGUGAGAGAUCCUAGUCAACGAGCCUCAGCUAACGAGCUUUUGAAACACCCCUUCUUGGGGAAAGCAGGUCCACCUUCGUGUAUUGUCCCACUGAUGAGACAAAAUCGUAUGAGAUGAGGAAAGAGAUCAAGGCCUCUACUCUCUCUCUCUCUCUCUCUCUCUCUGAGACCACCAAAGACUGGAAAUAUUAAGGGUUUGGGCCGGUGCAGUAUUUUACCAUGAACUCUUGCCAGAAACCACAGAGCAGACAUCUUCCAGAACUCUUUCAGCAACUCUCGCCACUGCUUAAAGGACAUUUGAAACAUCUUGCCUGCCUUAGAGUGCUCAGGUAAUUUAACAAUUUAGAUGAUCUGUCCUUAUUUCUAGAGAGACAGGAAUGUCCCCUUCCCCAAGCUCUAAUGUUCUCCAAAAGAACUUUGAAAACCCCAAACUUGCACCAUUCAUUUUCUGGGAUCAACACUGGAAAAAGACUGCUGUUUAAUCUCUGGAUGGGAUAAGACUGGAAUCCUUCGAGCGGUGAUUCUUGUCUUGUGGAAACAGCAUAAGCUGGAGCUAAAACUUUGUUACGGUUAUUACUGGUUUCUUGAAUUAUUGCCAAUUCGUACUGGACAUCAAGCAGACAGAAAAGCUGAUGAAGGCCCCAUGAAAUCUGCAUCGAGCUUGCACUGUACAGCGGUGACAUCUGGGCAUACUGAACCGGGCGCAAUGACCCAGCAAUAUCUGCAUGGUCAGCAAAUCAGUGUCCUGUCCACGUCAUUGCUUCCCCCAGACUGUCAAGGGUUGCACGGUGUAUCUCGUGCGGCAAUACACUAAUAGUCUUCCACUUGGUGAUCGUAGACCCACGUAAAGCUUUUUCUGAUUGAAACUUUCUUAUUGUAUGUGAAGUUAGUAUGUUUGCUCAGAGGUGAGAAGAUCCUUUAUGGCCUACCCCCUGCAUGGGAGGUCCUUCGCACUGCCACUAUAGAGGGAAGUCACUACAAGUACUAUAAGAGAAGAAUAUAGUGUUGUUACACAUACUGCAAGACAUUUGCACUGGAGAAUUAAUUUAUGGUUUAAAUUUGUCCACUUGAACUGCACACACAGCUCUGCUUUCCCCCUAAAGUCGUUACGGAGCUGUGCCACUAGAGCAGAAUGGGAUUUGUGGCGGUGUCUGGUGUGUGCUUCCCUGCAGCUGCCACCAAUGCCACUUUUUUGUAGGCGUAGAUAGACGGUGGCAUAUUGCAAUAAGCAAUUAUACGAGGUCAGAAAGCGAAAGUAGCCACCAGUUACAUGCUGUGUGACACUGGGCUAAUAGCAAGCUGACGUAUAUACCUGGGGUAAAGUGCAUCUCUUAGACAGUGUUGCAGAGUUCCGGUAUAAGCAAUAUUUUAAUGUAGAAAAAAAACUCACAAGUAGUGUGCGUUUCAUGCAUUCUUAUUAGUGCGUCCAUGCUGCGUAGAUGAAAAAUCUCGCCAAAUGAACAGGUUUUAUAUGCUGUGAAAUCGUCUAAUCCUGCAAAUUUGUAGUAGAAAAUUCUGCCAGUUAUUCCCAUAGGCAUUGUCCUGUUAAUUAGAAUGGCAUGCGCUGCGCAUUGCUUUGCAAGAUACAUCUAUAUAUAAUGUAUAUGGGUUAAACGAUGCUCCUGGCGACGACUCCUGGCCGCCAUUACAGACAUUAGUGCCUUAUUGCAUUUGUCCAUUGCUUAGUAAGCAUUUUCAUGACCCUGUCCUGACAAUCAGGCGCCAUUUGCUGAGAAUUUCCAAAUUAUUAGUGCUGGCGCGGCUCAGAGUGACUACUGCGUCUAAUUUUAUACAGAAAUCUAUAUUUAUAAUGUGGAGGAUCGCUGCAUUUUACCUGGAGAUUAUUAUGCUGUGAUAUUAGGGAUUGACAAAGCAUCUCUAGUUUUCAAUUGAUUUCUACAAAGAAAUUCAACUAUUUUGCAUUUUUUGUUUGAACAAAGCUCAAUAGAUAAAGUAUUAGUUUUACAGAGAA